AAGAAGCGAAUUCCAAACCAUCGAGGAGCUCAUGGAGCUCACCGAUGAGUAUGAACUGCUCAAAAACGAAGAAGCCAGACAAAGUAGACAAGCGGCACACAGCCUUUCCACCAUAAGUAACCGGUACGACGCAAGGAACACCUGCUGGCGCUGCAAAAGGCGUGGGCACCAGCGUUACCAUUGUCACUACCCACGGCGACUGUUCUGUUCCCGUUGCGGUCAAGAUGGAACUCUCUCCAGAAACUGCCCAUGCCACAAAUCAAUCAAUACCGCGCCACCCAUCGCCGAAGCCACUACAGUGCAAUCCGAAUGGAGAAGUAUCGACGGUCGCUUCUACGCCGACGUCACCAUCGAAGGCCUACACGUACGAGCACUGGUGGACACCGGAGCCACUCUAACAUACGUAGACGACAGCACGCGCGUGCAUUUAGAGCGACUCAACAUCCAACCUCAGCCUAAUAAGCGGAACGUCCAACUCGCGGAUCAGACAUGCGUUGCCAGUACACACACCUACCCCGUCAGAAUCAAAUACCGUUAGCCAAGAAGUCUCGGCCAUAUACCGCCUUCACCGUUCCCGGCCGAGGACUUUUUCAAUGGAAGGUAAUGCCCUUCGGACUACACUCCGCCCCAGCCACCUUCCAGCGCGCCCUCGACUCUAUACUCGGCCCGGAAUUGCAACCAAAAGUGUUCGCCUACUUAGACGAUAUCAUCGUGCUAGGCGAAACGUUCACCGAACAUAUGACCUACUUACGCGAAGUCUUUCAUAGACUUCAGAACCACAAAAUGCAAAUCAACUUCGAGAAAUGCAAUUUUGUACAACAAAAACUGCAUUACUUGGGACACAUCGUUAGCUCUGAAGGGAUACACACCGACCCUGGGAAAGUAGCCGCGGUACGGGAAAUGACUGCGCCCCGAACCAUCAAGGAGCUUCGCCGCUUCCUUGGACUUGCCUCCUGGUACCGCCGCUUAAUCGCUAACUUCUCCACACUCGCGGCACCCCUCAACCAGUUACUCAAAAAGAACCAAACUUGGACAUGGGGCGAAUUACAGAACAACGCAUUCGAGGCGCUCAAGGAAAAACUGACUUACGCACCAAUACUCUGCUGCCCAGACUUCAACCAACCAUUUUUUCUACAAACCGACGCUAGCGGAGAAGGACUCGGCGUGGUCUUAUUUCAGCGCCAUUCGGAUCAAGAGAAAGUCGUGGCCUAUGCCAGUAGAAGUCUGUCCAACUUAGAAAAGCGUUACUCAGCUACGGAACAAGAAUGUCUGGCUGUCCUGUGGGGAAUUCGAAAAAUGAGACCAUACUUAGAGGGCUAUCAGUUCACUGUUAUCACCGACCACCACUCCCUCAAGUGGCUCCACUCGCUCCAAAACCCCUCCGGGCGUCUGGCCAGAUGGGCACUUGAGCUACAACAAUACAACUUCGAGAUCGAAUACCGAAAGGGAUCUUUAAACGUGGUGGCUGACGCACUAUCACGGUGCCCGCUGCCAGCCUGCAGCACAGAAGAAGACCUACUGUUCGCUUUGAAUAGCCAACGUACGAGUUGGUACGACAGGAAGACACACCAAGUUCAGACGCAACCCGAACAAAACCCCGACUACCAGUGGAUCAACAGCCGACUAUUCCGACAUAUAGCACCAACAAAUCUACUCUCCCGUGCCCCGCAAUGGAAGCUCUGCAUCCCCGCUAACCAAAGGAAAAAGAUCCUUAAAGAAGUCCACGACGCCGCCGCGGCAGGACACCUCGGGAUCAGGAAAACCCUCAAACGUGCACAAGAAAAUUACUACUGGCCAGGGAUGCAUCGAGAUGUAAGCAACCAUGUGCGUGGGUGCCUGACGUGCGCAGCAUACAAGGUGGAGCAACGACGCCCGGCAGGAUUGAUGGCUACGAUGCAGUGCUCACGACCCUGGGAAAUCGUCACCGCCGAUUUCAUCGGACCCCUCCCGCGCUCCAAACAGGGCAACACAUGCCUCCUAGUCUUGGUGGAUAAAUUUUCCAAGUGGAUCGAGUUGGUACCCGUCCGAAAUGCCACCGCCUCAGCCGUAAUCAAAGCUCUACGAGAAAGGGUGAUUUACCGAUUUGGAUGUCCGACCGUUUUUCUUAGCGACAACGGUAAACAGUUUACCUCGACCACCUUGGCUACGUUUCUCCAGAACCACCAUAUCGAACAUCGAUUCACGGCAGCAUACGCCCCUCAUGAAAAUCCCACCGAAAGGGUCAACCGCGUCGUCAAGACAAUGAUCGGACAAAGAUCACAACAAGACCACCGAACUUGGGACCAAGAAAUACCGGAAAUAGCCUUCGCCAUAAACACAGCG